GCAUUCACUUCACUAUUUUCUCCUAUCGUUCGCUACUAUGCUCGUCAAUAUUCAAGAUGUUGUCGAUAAGUCUUUUGACUACAUCAUUGUUGGCGGCGGUACUUCUGGACUCACUCUCGCUGCAAGACUGAGUGAAGACGCUGAGACAACCGUUCUGGUCUUGGAAGCAGGAGAGGCAAACCUCGAUGAUCCAGAGCUAUUAAGGCCGGCGAUGUUCGAUCAACACUUCACAAACCCAUCAUAUUCUUGGAGCCAUCGGACUGUGAAACAAAAGUACACCAAAGACGCACAGCAGGAUUGGAUUCGCGGAAAGGGCCUGGGUGGCUCAUCUGCCAUCAAUUUCAUGUGCUGGACGAACUCUCCAGCUGAAGAGAUCAAUGAUCUCGAAAGGCUUGGUAACCCAGGAUGGAAUUGGUCCAUGUUCGAAAGGUUGCAACAAAAAGUAGAGCGGUUCGUGACACCCUCAAAGGAAGUACAGGCCAAGUUGAAGAUAGAUUUCGACUCUUGGACACUGGGACGAGAUGGCGCCGUUAACCUUACAUAUCCGCCUAAUAUCGAGGAGGGUGAACUGAAGUUGCAACAGACGCUUAUUAACGCAGGUAUUCCCGUUGCUGCUAAUCCUUAUGGUGGCGACCCGAAAGGCGCCUUCUUCGCUGCAAAUUGCCACGAUCCUCAAACGUACACGCGCUCAUAUGCUACUACAGCGUAUUAUAUCCCAAAUAAAUAUCGCCUCAACCUAUCUGUCCUAGUCUCUGCUCACGCUAACCGUAUUCUUACUACUCGGGCGGAUGAUGAUUCCGUCACAGGUGGCCAAUCCACGUACACAGCCAAUGCUACGAAGGAAAUCAUUCUAUGUGCGGGCGCUUUGAAAACACCCCAACUUCUUGAAUUGUCAGGUUUUGGCGCAAAAGAUAUUCUUGACAAGCUCUGUAUCCCCGUAGCGAAGGAACUUCCCGGUGUCGGAAAUAAUGUACAAGAGCAUGUUAAUAUUGGGCCGAGCUUUGAGGUUCGAGACAACAUUGAAUGGGAUACCUUCGAUCUUUUACGUGAUCCCUGCUUGGCGGCUAAGCAGCUGGAGUUAUAUGCCGCUGGUUCCGGCUUAUACACCAAGGGCCCGUUGGGGUUCUGUUUUGCCUCUCUCUCGAUGAUAUAUCCUGAUACCGACGCCUUCCUGGAUGCGGCGGAGAGGUCUAUGCAGGAGAAGAUAGCAACGUGUUCCCCUGGCUUGAGAGAUCAAUAUAAGAUUCUGUUCAACCGAAUCCGCAACGGAUCACCGGGGUUCGAGUUCAUUAGCCUUCCAAAACUGAUGUCUCUCCCGAAUCCGCCUAAACCUGGCAAACGAUAUGUCACAGUGAUGACGCUAGCCAAUUAUCUCUUUUCAAGGGGCACCAUCCAUGCUAACACCAAUGAUCCAUCGGAAGACCCUGAGUUCGACCCUCAUUACUUUGAGGAACCUAUUGAUCUCGAUGUCCUCGUUGAGAUGGUAAAGUUUGCUAGGAGGCUCGCGGAGGUGCCGCCAUUCAGAGAUAUGAUCGUUGGAGAACUGAAUCCUGGCCCAGAAGUGAAGAGCGAUUCCGAGCUGCGAGAAUGGAUUAUGAAAUACUUUAGCACUACUUGGCAUACUGCCGGAUCCUGUUCCAUGUUGCCUGAAGACAAGGGCGGCGUCGUUGAUCCCAACUUGAAGGUUUAUGGAACAAGCAACAUUCGAGUAGCCGAUCUAUCCAUACUUCCACUACACAUUGCAGCACACCCUCAAUCUACUGUAUACAUUAUUGCCGAACGAGCUGCCGAGCUCAUACGCGAAAGUUCAACAAGGCAAUCGACUGGAAGAAGCUAAUAAGAGUUCGCAGUCACUCUUGUGAAGACUACGGAACCCGCUACUUCACAUGUUGGGUAUCCUCAUGUAAACAGAGUUUGGGAGACUACGAGUGAGAGAUAGUACUCGUAGUGUUAAGUGCAUUUUGUGAACAAGAUCAUCGAACUGC